CUUUCCCAAGUCUGUGCAUGAAAGAGGAGGAAAACAGAAGGACGUUGCUUGGCGUCGACAAACCGUUCUGAUCCAAAGCCUUUUUCCUCUGAACGGCCUGAGACCUCUGCUCUAAGAGGAGACCCCCAGACUCAGCACGCCGCCUGCCCUCAUUUGCCGGAUGCUAAGCAGCCACAGCUGGUGGAUAUAUUUGUCAUUUUCCAAGACGUGGAGCAGGAAGGGGAGACACUGAAAGCUGGGUAUUUAGUAGACCGCCUGCUUCAGCCCUCUCAUCUGCCCCUGCUCACUGGCCUCCUGAUCAGCAGAAAGAACACUUCACCCAACACCACUGAGGCUCUGAAGUCCCUCCAUGAAUCCCAGGAAGAAGGUGGACCUGAAGCUCAUCAUCAUUGGAGCCCUGGGCGUAGGAAAGACCUCCCUCCUCCACCAAUAUGUGCACAAGACAUUUUAUGAGGACUACCAGACCACCCUGGGGGCCAGCAUUCUCUCCAAAAUUAUCAUACUGGAUGACACAACUUUGAAGCUACAGAUCUGGGACACAGGCGGACAGGAGAGGUUCCGCUCCAUGGUGUCCACAUUCUACAAAGGCUCCGAUGGGUGCAUCCUGGCUUUUGAUGUCACCGACCUAGAGUCUUUUGAAGCACUGGAUACCUGGAGGGGUGAUGUUCUGGCCAAAACGAUUCCAAUGGAACCAUCCUACCCCAUGGUGGUGCUGGGAAACAAGAUCGAUCUCGCAGACCGGCAGGUGCCUCAGGAGGUAGCUCAAGGCUGGUGUAAAGAGAAGGAUAUUCCCUACUUUGAAGUCAGUGCCAAGAACGACAUCAAUGUGGUACAAGCCUUUGAGAUGCUGGCCAGUCGGGCUCUGUCCAGGUAUCAGAGCAUCUUAGAGAAUUACCUCACAGACUCCAUCAAGCUCUCACCAGAAGACCAGUCCAGGAGUCGGUGUUGCUAAUCUUCCAGACUCCCACCCUGAUGCUCCGACGAAGCCCCUGGGGCCUGGGCAUCCAGGCCCCCACCAGCCCCCUGCCCACUCAAGCUCAGCCCAAGCAGCCGAGGCUAGGCAGCCAGAGCCCUUGAUGAGGAUGGGGCUGGGCCACCAGAGCCCCUGCCUGAACCCAGAAUGUCACAGCCGAAUCUUGGCCCUGGAGGAGUCACAGUCCCCUCACUGGCUCCAGCCUUCCGGCUCCCCCUGCCCCCAAACACACUCCUGCUCCAGAAUGCACAUCUCACAGGCAGACAGGCCGGAGUCUGGACUCUGGAGUCCUACUGUCCUCUCCUGUGUACAGGUGGGCCUUCCUUGCCCAUGCCACCAGUCACCUGCAAAGCCACAGCACAGCUGGGACAAGGGCACAGCUCAGGCUAUCUUGGUGACUAGGCCAGGAAGUGAGGGCCUAGGUCUCAUGUGAGGGCCUGCCUCAACCCCUGGUGGCCACUCUUCAGGCCUGGAACACUGCUCUGCUCCCUCCAGGGCAUAGGAAAAUGCCCAGGAAAAGGCACCAAGGACUGGUUCAUUCAUCUCUGCUGGACACUCAGACAACUCCUCUAAAUCUCUCUGAGCCUUGGCUUGCUCAUCUGUCAAAUGGGGGUGGUGUGUGCCCUGCCCACAUCAGACUCUAUGAUUCUGAGGACCAGAAGCUCCGCUUAAAUCUCAGUUGCUCUUGCUGCUCUCCUGGACCUGACAUUCUGAUAAGGGAGAGAAGCAGUACACACAGAAUUUAAACAGAUAUUUUCCAAGAGUAGAUAAGUGCUUGAACAAAGCAAACAAGGUAUUGGAAUAGAAAAGGACAGGAACUGAGGUUGGUGCUAUUUCAGACAAAAUGGUCCUGGAGGGCUUCCCUGAGGAGGUAUCCUUCGGCCCAGGACUAGAGAAUGAAGAGCGGACUGCCACUAGAGACAGAGCAUUCCAGGGAGACGGCGCGGCAGGAGCAAGGCCCCGAGGUGAGGACAAGCUUGAUGUGUUCCAAGAGCAGCAAAAGGACAUUCACUGACCUGAAGACUCAAAGCUGGUGUCCCAGAGAGGAGCAAAGGAGACUCCGCCCCCGGGUGGCCCCUUGAUCUUCUGGUGAUUGGCCUCCAGAGGGCAGCAGUGUCCUUCCCUCGCAGGCUGAGUGGCCAGUGGCCGCUGCAGGACACCUGAAAGGGAGGCUUUUCUCUCUGUGCUCAUCCUCAAAGCUUGUUCUCAGGCUGUGGGAUUGUUUAAGCCGGUGAGAUUCGUGGGGCAGGAGAAUCCCAAUUUCUUUUUUUUUUUUUUCCCGAUUUCUUAAACCUAGUAAGAAAUGGGCAAAAAACUGAAACAUUAAUGAUUCAGGCAAGAAAUCCUUACCAGUGACAAAUACUAGAAUGAGAGACCUAGAAAACUCAUGGGCUCCCUGUCCGUGCAGACUCUUCUGGCAUAGACAGCAUGGACAGGGCCCAGCCUGAAGGGGGUGGACGAGAUGACCACUCAGAGGCUCCCAGGCCGCAUCAAUGCCCACCAUGGAAGUCUCCUGUCUGCACAGAGGUAUCCUGCCCUGAGCUCCAAGCAGAGCUGGAAUGUUAGGGUAGGACUUCUGAUGUCAUCUGACUCUGAAGAUCCUCCCAGAGGUAGGGAAUCCUGGGAGGGGAGGGGUCAGCAGGAGAGUUUGGGGAGCCUCAUCUCCCCCACCCAGCUGUGGAGGAAGGACAGGCUUGGAUCUGGCAUACGAGCAGGUGGCGGGGAGCAAGCCACUGUCUCUGUGUCCAUGGAGUGGCAUAUGAAUGUUUCUAAGUGCAUGCAACAAAUAAUAAAUGUGUCCUUCUUUAUUUUUUUCCUUUUUGGUAUUUUGUUAUUAGGUUUAAAAAGCAAACAGAGGCACCUGGGUGGCUCAGUCAGUGAACUGUCAGCCUUUAGCUCAGGUCAUAAUCCUGGGGUCCUGGGAUGGAGCCCCACGUUAUGCUCCUGGCUUAGCAGGGGACCUGCUUCUCCUUCUCCCUCUGCCUGCAGCUCCUCCUGGCUUGUACACUCUCUCUCUCUCAAAUAAAUAAAUGAAAUCUUUAAAAAAAAUAAUAAAAUAAAGCAAAAAACAGACA